GUCUCUCGGAAACCAUCUCUUGCGCUCUUUCUCGCUCUUCUUCAAGAAGACGUCCCGUCCUCACUUCUACUGUUUCCCACUUCUCCUCUUUACUCCCUCCGACGCUCCUCUACUUCGUCCCCGCUUCGUCUCACUUCAUACCAACCUCGACCACUCUACCUCAUUGACUCGACGUCAUUUAAUCAAUCUUCGACUUUCGAUAUCUUAUCAUCGCCAUCGCGUCUUCCCAGCUUCGCGACGCGACAAGCUUCACCACGACCAAUCCAUCGUCGACCACCACUACUACAUCAAACCUCGCAGAACUUAUUUGUGCAUUAACUGCUCAAACUUUCUAGCAUUCUGAUCUAGCAAACAGUCUUUACUUCUACUCCCCUAAAAUGUCUUCCUUUUACGCCUCGUCGCCCACCGUCGUCCUUCCGGCUCCGUCGUCGCAAUAUUUUCCUCAUUCGCAAAUUCACCAACCACCUACCACUAUGGGCAACUCUCCAUUCUUCAAGCAGACUGCUCCACCAACACAACCACUCCCCUCUGCUGCUGGUCGUAAACGCUCACGCGACGAUGACGACGACGAAGAAGUCACUCUGGUCGCCCCUCUACCCUCACCUCCGAUCAACCGUGGAGAGCCCGUCUACGGCCCUGGAAUGACUCUAAACAACCAAUACGGCCAAUCAUCUACUGGUACCUGGGUUGAGAACACGUGGGUCGAAGCACCUCAAGUCGCCCCUGUAACCACCCAAGCAUCCAGACCUGCCAUGCCCAGUCGCAAGUCCCAACGUCUUGCUCCCUCGGGUCCUGAAUCCAACGACAUUCCUUCAAUCGCAGAAACAUCUGCUCACCGUCGCACUGCAUCGGUCGAGCCUCUGAUUGACGAAGUUACUCGCCUCCUCGGUAUCUCGUGGAUGCGUCUUGACGCUAGCGAAGCUCUACAAAUAUCUGCAAAGGCCUACACCCGAUGGGUUCGUAGACAUUACCCUGGUCUCGCCGAUGUUGAGCUUUGGUUUGAGAACUCGUCCAUCCCCGGCUACCUUGGUGUCGCAACGAACAAGGCUUCUGGCCAGAAGGUCUUUUUGCUCUGGAGCAAUGACCUCAAACAAGCUGUUCUUGUAACUAGAGAUCCCAAUGAGCUGGUCUCGAAACUCAUGUCUCCGCAGACAAUCAUUGCGUCAGCAACCGAGUCUAUGUUUGCCAGCGACGAGCCUGUUGCCGACGACUCGUCUGACAAGGGCUCGCCUAGUCCGACUUUUGCCAUUCCUUCAGUCGUUCCUCAGGCUGCUGCCGCUAUGGACGUUGACUAGACACUUUGAGCAUUGCUAUCUUAUUUGGCGUCAAGAGAUCAGGGACCUCGCGGGAAAUGGAACGAAAGGGAUGAUGCUACUGGAAUUGCCUAGGGCUGGUAUGCUUGGACUGGCUUUAGGGGGGCUCGGAGUGCUGCAAUUCACGCACUAAACAAAUUGCUCUUUGCAACACGAGUUGACAAUCUGCUCACCAUUCUUCACAUUGUAUCUUAGCCUUUGAUAUGCUGUUUAUUUUAUUUGCUUACUUUGCUUUAUACAUCAAUCAAGUUCUGGCCACAAGCCAACAGUUACGAU